AUGGAAUGUCAAAAACCUUUUAUUGACACAAACGAAGAAGAUAUAGAGUUGGCUUCAAAACGAGUGACUGAAUAUGAUGUAUCACCAGAAUACCAACCCGAAACAACAAUUAAUACAACUACAGCUAAAAUUGAUAUAUCGACAACAGAAACAACAAUGCUUACAAUGUUGACUAACUCUUACACAACAACAAAGAAUGUAUCGAAACUCAACAAAUGGAAACAAAAUGGCAUCACUGUGGCUGGUGGAAAUGGACAAGGACAACAAUUAAAUCAAAUGUAUGGUCGAAUUGUUGAAUGGAAAUAUAAUGCAACGGAAGGACAAAUCAUUACAAGUGGAAAUCGAAUGUAUCCCUUGAAUCGACCAACAGAUGUGAUUGUUGACCAACAAAAUCAUUCGAUCAUCAUUGCUGAUCAUGAGAACAGACGAGUGAUUCAAUGGUUGAAUCAAACUCAACAAAUUCUCAUUAAGAAUAUCGGCUGUUAUGGCUUGGCAAUGGAUAAAAAUGGAUUUCUUUAUGUUUCUGAUUGGUACAAGAAUGAAGUGACACGAUGGAAAAUGGAUGAAUAUAACAAUGAAGGAAUUGUAGUGGCAGGUGGAAAUGGAUAUGGAAAUCAACUCAGUCAACUCGAUCGUCCUACUUAUAUCUUUGUUGAUGAAGAUGAAUCUGUUUAUGUAUCAGACUCGAGCAAUCACCGUGUGAUGAAAUGGAGAAAAGAUGCAAAAGAAGGAAGAAUUGUGGCUGGAGGAAAUGGUCAAGGAAAAAAUCUUAAUCAAUUGUCUAAUCCUCAAGGAGUCAUUGUUGAUCAUUUCGGUUACAUUUAUGUGGCAGAUUGUAAUAAUCAUCGAAUAAUGCGUUGGUGUGAUGGAAAAGAAGAAGGUGAAGUUAUUGUUGAUGGAAAGGGUCACAAAAACCAAUUGUAUUCUCCCACAGGUUUAUCUUUUGAUGAUGAAGGAAAUCUUUACGUUGCUGAUGUGGUAAAUGAUCGAGUUGAAAAAUUUGAAAUAAUUUUGUGA